AUGUGUCUGCACCAGAGCUAUGCAGUAAAGCUUACUAGAACAACCAUGACAGAUAUAAAUUUGGAUACUGCACUCGAAUUUGAGAAUGAGCUAUAUUCACAGGGCUAUGAAGAAGGUAAAGAAGCUGCCAACAAUGAGCAGUUCUUAGAAGGUAAGAUCUAUGGCCUACAAACGGGGUUUCAACGCUUCUUGAUCGUUGGCUACAUGGAUGGGCUUCUACAAGAAUGGAGGAAAGACGGGCAUAGUAAAAACAUUGAAUCGCAUCUCAAUCAAUUGCAAAAACUACUUGAUAAAAUUUCUAAUGGUAACAGCGAUCAGUCUGUGGCUGACUAUGAAAGGGCUUUGAGCGCUGCUCGGAACAAGGUUAGAGUCAUUGCCUCGAUUACUAAGACCACCGACAAAAUAGCCGGUUUAGAUAAAAUGGUUCAGGAAGUUGGCGGCACGUUGGCCGUGUCUAGCAAUCCAGACGACAUGUGGUAA